AUGUCUUUGUUAAACAAGAAGUCAGUUUGUGUUAUAACUGGUGCAAGUCGUGGUAUUGGGGAAGGUCUAGCUAUUCAAUUUGCCAAAUGUAUAGCACAAGACAGUGUUCUUAUCUUAUUGGCUAGAAGUGUACCUGAUUUAGAAGUGGUACAAACAAAAGUGUUAGCAUUACCAGAAUGUAAAAAGAGCAAUGUAAAAGUAAUUAUUAAAAGGUUUGAUCAGGGAUCUACCAAUAAGGAAGAUUUUGAAUCAUUAUUUUCAAGUAUUUUUAAGGAAAAUAACAUCUUUGUUAGUGAAUUCCAGCAGGGUAUUAUGAUUCAUAAUGCAGGCACAUUAGAUGAAACAAAGUUUUGUAAAAACUUGCACUAUAUAUCUAAAACUGGUCAAUUUUUUCAAAUAAAUUUAACAGGGAUGAUCACAUUAAAUGCCAUUUUUUUGCAAGAAUUUUCCAAACUGUCUAAAGUUGUUGUAAAUAUGUCUUCGUUAGCUGCUGUUAUGCCUAUUAAAAGUUGGGGACUGUAUUGUACUGUAAAAUCAGGUCGUGAUAUGUUCUUUAAGAUCUUAGCCAUUGAGGACCCAUCAAUUCGUGUUUUGAAUUAUGCUCCUGGACCAGUGAAAACCGAUAUGAUGAAUAUUGUUCAGACACAGUCAGAAGACACAGAAAUCCAGGAAACAUACCAGAAAUUGAAUAAGGAGGAGAAACUACUUACUGCAGAAAUGACCUGUAGUAAAUUCAUGGAGAUUUUAGAGCUUAACAAAUUUGAAAGUGGGGUUCAUAUUGAUUAUUAUGAUGAAUAUUAA